AUGACAAGCGAGAAGGGCGUCAACUUAUGGGACUUCUCGGCAAAGAACAGUUUGCCGACCCCGCCAAAGGCCUUCAGCUGCGCCGACCUGAUCAGCGCACUGUCAGCACUUUACAAGUUCGGUCAGUACUUCUACAACAGUGAAACGAUGAACUUCAUCGGAGCCGCUAAAGACUUCAUCAUCGACUAUUCCGAUCACACUCGACCGGACCCGAGCAUGGCGCGACUAUUCGUAUUCUGGAUCAACAGCAAAUUCAGCCUAUUUCGCAACACCAUCCUCUCCGAGGGUCUGGGCGCGGCGACGAAGAUAUCAGCACAGUUUUGCCGCAGCGAAGACAAGCUGGCCGCCCUCCGUGACUCGUGCCAAACAUGGAAGCCGGGCCAUCGCGGCAAUCGCACUCCAGGCGCCAGUCGCAUCCCAGCCGACUUAUACUCGCAACUACCGAAAGCGGAGGGCGGGCGACGGCUUUGCCUCAAGUAUCUUUCGCAGGCUGGUUGCCAGUUUUCGAAGUGUUCGAGUGCUCACGUUCGCCCCGAAGCACUCCCAGAAGGAGCGCGCAAGGUGAUUUUGGAACGAUGGGGAGGUCUCGGUACACAGCUCAGCGAUUUAUGA